GCAAGGUUAGUGUGUGUCAGGCUGCAGUGUUUGGUGUCGCUGCGCAGUGGAUAGCAGGAUUUGAUGAGGCUAGAAGGAACGCUUACCCUCUGGGCUCCUGGCAUCUGUUUCCCGUAUGGCACUGACCCAAGGGCACUGACUCGCCCUCCCCGCCAUCCACCAGGCCAUUGAACGUCAUGCUCAUUACCCUCUGCUACGUAUACUUGUGGCUGCGCUGCCGGUCCUCCCAUGCUUUGCUGAUCAGGAGCUGCGUGCGCCAGUUCUAUAAGACCAGCUCCUUCACGUUUUGCACCCAUCCCCGGGAAAAGGAGAAAACAAUCAGUAGUGGCGCGCAGGGUUCCAGCGAGGAUAAGUUCUGCCUGCAUUUGGGCAACAAAGCCUUCUUCAUUGACAGUGCCCAGUGCUUUGAAGAUCUGAACAAGUGGAACUUGCUACUAGGAUCUCCCAGUGAUAGAGAUCUAGAAGCCAGGCAAAUUGCCUUUAUUACUGAGAGUGUCCCAUUACCUGGCGAAACCUUAUCAGCUACAUCACACGCUAACAAAAAGGUUCGGAAUCUCUCUGAGUAUUGUCUCCCUCUGGCUCUGUGCCAUGGAGACUCUUCUAGGUUACUGGCAGAAGCCAGCGUGGACAACUUCAGCGAGCUUGGCAUAGCGUUCAUGGAAGAUCGCUUACAGAUGGACAAUGGCUCUCAGCCGCAGAAGAUUACAUCUGUGCACUUAAGAGAGAGCGCUACGACUGAAGGAGAAGACCCCCACAACCCUCAUUUAUAUUUGACUCAGAGGAAAGCUGCCCUUGAGCCAAAUCUUAUUUCUGAUCGGACUUUUGGAAAGGACAUGGGUGUGGCUGAAAGCACUGAGAUGGAGAACCCUGACAACAGCAAUGGAAACCCCAAUUCAAAUAGGAGAACACGCCUGGGACAGGGAGAGGAAGCUAGUGGUGAACAUCUUCAUCUUCACCUGUCCAGCUGCCAUGAGUGCCUUGAACUGGAGAACUGCACCAUAGAGUCGGUCAAAUUUGCUUCAGCAGAAAACAUUCCGGAACUUCCUGAUGAUUACAUCAGCUUGGAGGAUCAUUCUGAUGUGGGUCAUUCCAAUGAGACCUCAAAUCUUAAUGUCACUGGGAAGCCACCUAAUGUUCUCGUCUAUAGUAGCCCUUCAUUUCCGGAACAGUUUGAACAAGUCAAAUCAGUGCUCCUCCAAUGCUUUGAUACCUGUCGAUACGUUGUGUACCCUCUCCCUGAGGAGCAGGCUCUCACAGCCCCAUGGAUGGACAAUUGCUUACUGUUGGUUCUAGCGGGUGAGGAACUCAUACCUUCCAAUCUUCAUAGACUCUUUACUUCCUAUCUGGAGAAAGGUGGGAAGAUCCUUGGGUUAGCCUCCUCUUAUACGUUUGGUAAUGUAGCUCUGAAAAGAAAAUCUGAACUUCUGGGCUCAGUUCAAGACCUGGUUUUUGAUGGACCCAAUGACAAUCUGAUUAGUCUCAAUAUCCUGGCCAGUGGGUUUGCGUAUGAGGAGGGCUUGGUAGAGUCAUGUGAUAAGGUGGAUAAAUGGGGACGAUUAAACAAUGAAAGUCAGGACCUGAUGAUGGUGCGUCAAGCGUAUGGUGACAACGGUGGAGAAGCUGUCCUAUGCCAGGUCAGGCUGGAAGUGGCUCCCGAGUCUCUAAUGGAACAUGAUAAGGGGACCUUUGACUCCUUGAAGCUCAGUAACCCCCAGAGGCAUGAAGUUCUGACGCAGAUCCUCAUCAGUCUUGGUCUGGAGUGUGAGGUCAGCCCCUCCCCGUCCCUCACACCUGUCUACCUGCUAAGUGCACAGAAGGAUAAAUACCCUGAUGUUCUCCAGUGGAUUCAAUCAAAGACAAAGAAUGGAUUGAUCAAAUGCAGCAAGAUGUCUCUGAAGGUGUUUGAGUCUCCCCAGUAUGACAUAGAUAUCACUCCAUCUCUGGCGCCCCUGAUAACAACAGAGGAAGACUUCAUCUGUGAGAACUUCAGCCUGGAGAAGUACAGGGAGAACCUCCGUACUGAAACACUCGGGAAAAUUGUGAUGUUUUCUGAGGUCACCACCACCACAUUUAACCUUCUGGAUGGGCUGAUGUUUCACGAACAGAAGGAAAUGGGGUUAAUCGCUAUCGCGGCCCAGCAGACUCAAGGCAAAGGUCGCGGUGGAAACGUCUGGCUUAGCCCCAAAGGUUGUGCUUUGAUGACACUCCUUGUGUCCAUCCCAAUGUCAUCACCUCUGGGACAGAGAAUUGGCUUCAUACAACACCUUAUGGCAUUGGCCGUGGUGGAAGCUGUGAGGUCUUUGCCUGGAUGCGAGGAUAUUGAAUUAAAAGUGAAAUGGCCAAACGAUAUUUACUACAGUAACAUGAUGAAGCUGGGAGGAGUCUUGGUCAACUCAACACUCAUGGGGAAUACCUUUCAUAUUCUCAUUGGCUGUGGGUUCAACGUCAGUAAUAGCAACCCGACAAUCUGUAUCAACGAUCUCAUCUCAGAACACAACAAGCGCUAUAAAACAAAUAUUGAACCUCUAAGGGUGGAUACGCUGAUAGCUCGGUCCGUGACGGCUCUGGAGGCCCUCAUUAAUACAUUUCAAUUGAUUGGACCCAGUGGCGUCUUGCCUAUGUACUACAAAUACUGGGUACACAGCGGGCAGCAAGUCCGACUUGGUGGUGAAGAUGGUCCGUUGGCUUGGAUUGUUGGUUUAGACGACUCUGGUUUCCUCCAAGUCCUUCAAGAAGGAAAAGAAGUCAUUACUGUCCAUCCGGAUGGAAACUCUUUCGACAUGAUAAGAAACUUGAUUGUACCAAAACGUUAACAAUCUGCACUUCUUACAGAAUUUCAAAUUUCUUUGCUAUAGACAUUCCCCAAACCAAGGACAUUUUUUCUUUCUUUCUAUUUGAAAUAUUGUAUUUUUAUUACUACAUGGUAGGCUGUGUGAUUUCUUCAGGACUGGAUACAGUAGCAUCACAGAGCCACUAUUGCUUUUAUAAUUAAAUUACAUUUUUUCUUUGCCAAGCCACAAAUUUCAAACACCAAAAAUGAAAUAAAUUAAAGGGACUCUAACACACUAUAUAUAUAUACAU